AUGUCAGUCGGGCCCGGGAAGCAGAACGGCGGCGUGGCCGUCGCCAGGCAGGAUCGGCUGGCCGACCUCCCCGAUGAAGUGCUGCUGCGCAUUUUCGAGACGGCCGGCCGGCUCUCCAAGCGAGCCCUGUGCAACGUGUCGCGCCUGAAUAAGCGAUACCACGUCCUGGCCGACUCCAUCCUCUACAACACGAUCCAGUUCGACACCCCGGAGCACCACCUGAUCUUCAGUCAAUCGCUCGGCCGCCGGCCCCGGCGUGGGUCGCUGAUCGUGGGCGUCAGACUGGCGUACCCCACCUCGGAGCUGUCGCACUUGAGCCUCGACGUGCCCGUCCAUGGCUCGCACUAUGAGCCGUCGCGCUUCGACGGCUUGUCGCGCAGCCUGUCGACCAUGUCGAAUCUGGAGAUGCUGGACGUCGCGGCGCCCGACACUCUUCUUCACGGGAUUGGCACCAUCUUCAACGGGCCGUUCGACUUUGCCUGUCUCAAGUCGUGCACUCUCUUCUACCAGUGCCCAGAUGACCAGUACUGGGAUUUACGAGAGAACAUCCACAUAUUCUCGCAUCCGGCUCUGGAGACCCUCGUCGUCAAGCGCGCUAAGCUGGCCGACCCCGGAUUCGACUAUCUGGAGCGCCCGCACGAUACGGCGCUGAAGAAAUUGCACCUCAUCGAAUGCGACAUCAACGAAGAUGCCCUCUCGGACAUUCUCGAGUUUCCCGAGGCCUUGACCGAGUUUAUCAUGACCCAGACGGCAGAGCCCAAGCCGGAACUGGAGGAGGGGUCUGACGAUGUCGGGGACUUUAUCCUCGCGCUGAAAUCCGCCUGCGAAUCCUUGGAAACCAUCACCAUUGACUGCCCCGCUCUCACGGGACGCAAGGCGUUGCGGAUGCGAGAGUUCACUGCUCUCAAGACGCUACGUCUCAAUUGGGAUUAUCAGCUGUUUGGAAAAUCUUCCAAAAAGCCCCGCAUGCACUCAGUAGGCCUGCCGCCCGAACUGGAAACACUCGAGUUCUUCAACGAGCUCGGUACGGACGAAGAAGUCAACGAUCUGCUGCUGUUCACGGUCCAGAGCAUGGGAAUAAUUGGGCGAAAGCUCAAAACGCUGGUUGUGGUGGAGGGUGAGGACCGCCCUAUCUCAGAAGAGCUCAUAGAGGCUUGCAAGUCGCAAGAUUUCUCCCUAGACAUCAUCGGACGGUUUGACGAAGAGUAG